UCCGCGUACGGUAAAAAGUAACGAAAGUGAAAAGAACCGAGAAGCACUAGGUAGCGCCGAUAGGUUUGUUCCUGUCCUCUCUUGUACCACUCGUAUUCCAAAUUUAAUUUUCGAAAGUUUUGAUUCCGUGAGGAAAAUGAGCUGAUCCCUUGUCUAGGGAGAUAUCGGUGUGAAAUUCGAAGUCGAUGUUGGCCGCGGAACAGACAAAGGUAUGCGUUCGACACGCAGAUACUCGCGAUAAAGGUGCGAAAGAAUGGUGAAAAUACAAGCAAAGAAAGGACCAAAAUAGUAACCCUGCGGGCGAUCGAGUGUAAGGGAACGAGUCAAGUACGGCUGGGUGCGCUCUUAGUUCUGUCCUCGUCUAUCCGUUGUGGCCGCAUAUAAGUUGAUCCUUGUCGACCCGAGGCGCGUUAAAACGAUGUCUAACUUUCGACGGGUGGUUGGCAGCCGUGCGUAAAAGAAAUAAAUAAUCAAAGCGACCAUGAAGUGACAAAUAAAGUUGGAGAACAAUGCUUGCGAACGGCAAGGAAAUCUGAGUGUAGCGUGCAUUGGCCCCCGUUCUAUGUUUUGGACACGUCUUACGCAGCUACAACGUGGUGUUCCCAGCGACAUUAGAACCGGAGGCGCGCUAUGUGCUCGCUGCGAAGACGAGGCUGACAUUUCGAAUAUUUUUCAUCGUGUUACCACCGUGGUGUGUUGGUCUUGGCUGUAUCGUGUUCUUCUAUCAGUCGCCCGCUGACAACCGUGAUUCCUCCAUGCGUAGGAAUCCGAUUCCGCGGUUGGCCCGGAUUAAAUGACUGAGAAUAAGCGGAAGCGACGGCCGCCAGAACGUUUGCACGGGAAGUAACAGAUCCGGACGGACAUGACUUCUACGAGAAGGGUAUUGUACACCGUUCUGUGAGGAUUCGCUCGCACCACGGGUACCGGUCGACGGUCCUUUUUGUUGUUAACCUCAAUCAACGGUUCGUGUGUGUCGUUAUAUCCGCGCGGAGCGGACCAUAGUGGCCAUGCGUCUGAUUUUUCCACAGCUGACCACCGUCUGACAGAAUAGUCGUUCAGUAGUCUCCAAAAAUGAAAACAGAAAAGAAACCAAGCGAACCGAGUUGCGUGUCUACCACUGUAGUGAAAGAGGAGCCUGAUACUGAUCCAGUCAAGAUCAAGGAGGAAAGUAGUGGAGCUAACAACGAUGACACAACUGGAGAGGAUACUGUCGAAUGCCCGAGAGAUCCUUGCUUGGAUCCCACCAACGGGGAAAGCACACUGUCAGGAGAGAAUCAAAAUAAUAAUACCAAUCAGCCAAUUUUAAACUCGGUGAAGCAGGAAGGAGAUCACAACAAUCCCACAGAUGACUUACCUGAUUGUAGUGGUAAUGUGAUUACUGCAGAUGGAAUUCAGCCAUUAGUUAGUAAUGUUCUUGGAAAACAAAUGGGAACUAAUACAGGAAGCGGCGAAGCUCAAUAUAUGCAACAACAAAGUCAAAUUUUUGUAUUUUCUACAACAUUAGCAAACAAAGGUGCAGAUGCAGUAUUGCAGGGGCAAUAUCCGUCAAUUAUUGCUUAUCACUGUGCACAGCCAGGCACUAAAAAGUAUUUAGAGAAACAUCCGAACAAAGUGAACCAAUUUCGUCAAAAUCCUGCACAGUGGUUGAACAAUUUUGCCAUGAUGAAACAGAAAGGUCAUCAAGGAGGUACAAAUAAUACUUUUCCAACGGAGCAACCCCCAGAUCUACCGGCCCUUGAUCCCAAUGCUCCACCAUUUUGGAAUGAACAACCCAAUCUCAGAAACUUGAAUGGUGGGAAUUCUCUUGGCAAUUCUGAACCAUCGUUGGAUGACGCAAAUAUAGACGUGCCUUGUCUUGUACCAAAUUCACCUGGAAGUGCAGCAAAUCCACAACCUUCUAAUAGUACAAUGGGACACAGUCCCAAUUUAUUAGGAGGCAGUACCAGUCCAGGUCCAGGGAGUUUGCAACCAUCCCUGCAGGGUGUUAAAGUUCCAGAUGAAAAUUUAACCCCGCAGCAAAGGCAACACAGAGAAGUACAAUUAGCAACCAUAAGGAAAAUGCAAAUGAUGUUAUUUCCUGAACACAAAGAAGAACCUACUAAUACAUUAGACACAACGCAAGGAACAACAGUGUCGUCGUGUCCAUCAACAAAUGUUCCUCCAGUGGUACCAUCGCAGUGUCCUCCGAGCAUGGACUGGCAUAAAUUACAGCACCAGUUUCUCGAUGGGAAAACCAAGGGUAGCGUUGGAAGUCCUGGUACAGGAGUUUCAUUAAGAGGUGCUGGUAUGGUUGGAGUCCCUCGAAGUCAAGGACCACCACCGCCAUAUCAUCAAACAACUCGUUCUGCAAGCGUACCGAUCGCAAUACAAAGCCCGAACCCUUCGUCGCCGAAUAAUCCCACUAGUAAUUUGUCGUUACCAUCGCCACGUGCAAGUUCAGCAUUAAAUUCACCGGCAGACUGCAAUAGGCAAUUUCAACUUAGCAAUCAGAGAACGAACCAUCUACCUGGACAGAGUCCAACCAGCCAGGAUUCUCCCAAUCCAACAGUUGGCAACGCGACUGCAGUAUCAACGACAAGAUUAAACCACAGUAAUCCGGGCACACCGGUUUCCCACUCACACAUCUCGUCAUUGAGUCCAAGUGGACCAACUGCACAAAAGGACUCACCUCUGGAUUUUCCUAACAGUCAACCACCAAACGUGGAUGGUAUGUUUUGCCGCACGCUGCAAUCCUUAGCCCAGCAAAAACAACAUACUGGAGCAGUGAACGCAGCAGGCGUUAAGGAAGCCAAUUUGAUGCCGGUUCCGAGUCCGCAACAGAUUCAAUACCUCAACACGUUCGAGGGACAGGAAUUGACUAUACAGAAACAGCCAAAUACAAGUUUAAAGGAUGGUAAUUUGUCCACGAACACCACCAGCAACACCGAAAUAUCGAAUAGAAUUUUGCCAGGAAAUUUAGAUAAUAGCAAUCAAUUUUCUGCUAGAUCUGAAGGUGCGAGUCCGGUUCAGAUGGAUAGUAUGAACCGUGGUUUUGCCGGUUCACUUCAUAGUCCUCAUACUCCUCAUACUCCGCACACACCAGGCAAUGGUGCUCCUCAUACUCCAGUUGAUCCUGGAAAGCCUGGCAAUAAAUCAAGCGCAAGUGCACAAAGUAGUCCGGUACCGCAUAAUACCAACAUACCAGACAGCAUGGGUCCACCGAGAACGGUACCAGCAUCGCCUACUACAAAACCCGACACAUCUCCGCCUUCGACAAAGGAUACACAACAGCAACAACAACAGCAGCAACAACAGACACAGCAACAGCAGCCACCGCCGCAGCAACAGCAACAACAAUCUUCGGUAGUGAAUCCAAACAAUUCUGGAAGUACAACGGUAGUGCCUUCGUUAGGUGGAGGCACAGCCGGCUCGUUCCCUUGUGGUAGACCUUCCAUAAACGUGAGUCAACCUUCAGACAAUGUGCCUCUAAAUCCCAACAACAUCGGAGGGCGACUCGGCAGUUUAACCGCCAUGAGUACAAAUCACUUCGACCCUAUAACUUCGUUAGCUCAAAUGAGUCAACAAUUGACGAACACCGCGGCCAGUAAUUCGUUGGGUAACGAUGGACCUAUACACUCCGGUAAUACCGGAAUGAUGCAAUUCGGGAACCCGCACAAUAUGCACAUGAUGCAAAUGGGCAGCGAGAUGAAUGGAAAUUGUCAUAUGGGUGGGCCGCCGAAUGAGCCAGGUGAAGUGGGAGGAAUGUGUAUGGGUUUACCGGGGCCACCGACCAGCUACAGUCCCACGACAUCACAUACAGGAAGUCCCGGAGUGGUACCCAGUAAAAUGGGACAUCCCAUUAUGGGUCACGGCAUGAUGAGCAGCCAUUCGGGUAGUGCAGGCGGUGCGUAUCCGGGUGGCGAUCCACAUGCACCACCACCGAGAUUAAUGACAGGACACGUGACCGGCCCAAGCCCUUACAAUGGAGCGAACGUUCAAGUGAAACCCAGCGCUCCAAACACGAUUCAAUAUUUACCAGCGAGACCCAAUGUUGGCCACACACCGAGAGGGCCCCCAAGUUUGGACUUCCUUCAGCGGUUCACGAAUCCUCUAUCUAAUUUAGAGUCAAAAAUGGGCACGCCUUCUGUAAAUCUUCAGUACUUCCCGAACGGUUGUGUACCAAAUAACAUGGGUCCACACGGUGGCAUGCCAUCAGCCAUGACCGGAGGCCUUCCUAGCAUGGGAGGCUCUCCGAGGAUGGACGGUCAAUCUAUGAAUUCGUCAGUCGGUGUGCAUCCUUCGAUGAGACCGGUCGGCAACAUGAGACCCCAACCAAAUCUAAUGCGAAUGCAGCACAUGGUUGGGGGCGGUGUCUUUCCAGGAGGUUCGAUGGAUCCAGAUAAAGUCUUCCCGCCCGAAAUGGUGUCGCAAGUUCCCAAUCAAGCUAACCCUGGUAUGUUCGUAUCCGGCAGCAAAGGCAGCCCUAUGGGGUUAGGACCUCCUCCUGACGCGACUCAACCACUACCGCCAAGCAUGGGUGGUGCUACUAGUAAUUUUAAAAACAGCCCUUUCGUUGGUAGUGGACCUAGCAUGUCGGACCCAAAUUAUGCUCAACAAUUCCAUAACUUCCAACAGCAGUUAUAUGCCACCAGUACUAGGGGAAGCGGGCCACCGCAUCCUAAUUUACAUCCACCACCGAAUUCGCAUUCGCAUCAACAAUUCUUCAUGCCCAAAUAAAAAGUAUGUACGAUUGAGAGAGAGAGAGAGAGAGAGAGAGAGAGAGAGAAGAUAUAUCGUAAUGGCGAUGUUUACAAUUGUGGUGGCCUUUGUUGUGGUGUCCUUUCGACGACUGCGUUUACCCAAGGAUAUGACCUGAUCCGAUGAUGAGUACGAAAAUAUUUCUGGAGAGUGUACACACUUUUAUUAUUAUAUUAAGCGAUCUUGUAAAGGACAGAGAUAUGUCGAAUUUGUUAAGGUUCUGAUGUUGAUGUAUUAAUUAUCAAGAGUAAUUAUACACGUGACCAUUUCAAUCGCGAUGGUUACAUGGACUGGCGUGCGACAAGGGACGCUUUUCUCGUUCAAUUCUUUAUUUACGGUGUUGUUUCUGUUUUAUAUGUUAGAGCCGUUUAAGCGUUUUUCUCGGUGUUAGCGAGGAUAAAAUCGUUCGUAAUGUCUGCCGCAAGAAGAAUAAGCAAAACGUAAAAGAAAAUUUUUUUAGCAGCUGAGCUUUGUUUCUUUCGUUCGUGUCAAAUUUUUCUCUCUGUAAAUUCGAAACUUUUACAAUGAAAAAAGAUUAAUAAGAGAAAAUAGGCGCAUAAAGAACAUUGUUCACGCGAUCAUGUAAAUAUUAAUGUAAGAUUCGGUUUCUUCGUAGUGAUCGUUAUUUCGUCGAUCGGAAUAUACGGUAGUGACUAAAGAGAAAUACGAGAAUGUUUCUAGAAAAUCAUCUUUAAAAGAGAAAAAGCAUAAAGGAAAAAGAAGAUAAGCAAAAGCGAGUAUUCGGCAUACUGCCAUUCUCCUUUUUCUUUAUCGUUAAAACAAUUACUCGUGAUAAAGUGAUUGUGCGAGAAUCAAGGAAAAGUAUUUCGAAGGAGUGGGAAUGAAUACGCCAUUCAUCAUCCUUCCUUUUUAUCAUUAAAUACUUACAAGAAAUGAAAAGAAAUGCAGUCAAGCAAGCUCAAAUUCAUAAUUGUACAUAUAAACGAUAUACAUAUUAUAUAUAUAUAUAUAUAAAAAUAUAUAUAUAUAAAAUAUAUAUAUAUAUAUAUACCUGUUGCAACAUACUCCUUGCAGUAUCGCCCAUCCCUUCUCACCUCCUCUAUCCCUCAUUGAUUCCCACGUGACCAACAAAACUGUGCAUAAUCAUGACCCCACGUAGUUUACGAAUAAUAAGAUAAAAACGAAGAGUAACUGACUAAGAAACAAUUAUGUUGUUGAUGAAUGAUUUUUAUUAUAAAUGAAAAAUAAAGAUAUUUACAAGAAGUCGGUAUAUCAGAAUUGAUCGAUAAAUGGAUUCUCAUGAUGCGGCGUCAGAGAGCGGAAGUUGGAGGAUUUUCCUUUUUUCGUCUCGUUACAUUUAUCGUUUUCACUCUCGCCUGAUCGCGAAACAAGCACAGGCUCUGACAUGUUCAAACAAAAAAUCAUGUCAUUAUAUCUUUCAAUUAAGCAGGCUGCUUCCAGCUUACUCGGAUCUGUGAUAGUCAAAGCAAGAACAUGUAUCUUUUUUUCUCUUCAUUCCGAAGACAUCAAAUACAUAUCUGUAUUCAUUAGGGAAUGAUUCUUUUUUUUAAUACUACAUUACGUUUUAUUUAAUUGUUAGUGUUUUACGCGCAAAAAGAGAGAUGGAGAAUGAGAGAGACAGUGUGAAAGUGAAGAAAGCAAGAGAAAGAGAUAAGGAGACAGAAAUAAACUACGAAAGAAAUAAAAAAGAAAUAAUUUUUGUCGAAGCAGCUUGAGGCAAUCGUAAAGCGAAUCGUGAUUACCAGAGCGUCGUGCGUUUGUGAUAUCAUAAUUAGAAGUCUUAAUGAUGCGGCGGCAGCGAUGACAGAGAGCUAUUUACGAAUACUUCAUACGUUCGAAUUAAUUAGAAAUAAGAUUUCUUCUACGAUUUCGUAAUGCAGAAUUGUACAACGAGUCGCGUAACAUCGUCCAUAGAGUUAUAAUUAGAAUUACAAUUUUUCGUAUCAUUCUUUUUCGGAUUUUUGUUUCUUUACGUGCGAAACACGUUCUACCUGCGCCAAAUACUUUUUACGACUUCUCCGCAUUACUAGAUGCAAUAUUUUUUAAAAACAAUACUGCGCGAAUAGGUAACCUACAUUUUCACUUUCCAUCCAUUGUGUCAACGAAGCUACCGGAGUUCAAUCACAAAAAUGUAAAGCUUAUCGUUAAUCGAUUCCCUUUGCAAUAAGUCAUAAUAUUGUCCAUCAUCACUUUAUCCAAAGGUGCUUACUAAAUCACUAAAUUUUCACGCGUUGCGUGAAUCUCUUUUAGGUUUCACCGAGAUAUUCUCGCUCAUGUGGGGUUUCCUCUCACCUGUAAAAAGAUCAUUCACUUAAUAAGCGAUUCUAGUUUAAUCCCCUCAGGUUUCGCUAAGUCUGUGUAUCUUCCUCUUUGACCAUGCCAUUUUUAGAAUUUAACAUCUACUGGUCUACGAUAGAAUAUAGUAGAGAUUACACUAUCUAAAGUUACAAAGCAAUAGUGUAAUUGCAAUUCGUCACUUUCACAAUCAAUUUUAUACCCGAAACCUAAGUCAAACCUUUCCUUCUGCGCAGCAUCUCAUUGACUGGAUGUCCCCGAAUCGCGCCAGUCGUCUUUAUCUCUGUAAAAACGUUACAAACAAUGUAUAAAAACCCACCAUUUGUUAAUACUUUCUCGGUUUUUCGAUUAAGUACAUUAUAUACUUUUUCGAAUUGUUUAAUUAAUAAUAAAGAAAUUGUCAUUAACUACACGCCAGUGAACAUCUCCAGAACCGUACGGCUUGUUCGUUUUUUUCUUUUAUGUUAUUCUUUAUAUUCUUAUCGUUAUUACCUUGAUCGCUCUUCCGAGGACGGAGUGUUCCCGUUUGUACUGAAAAUUAAUAAUGUGUAAUACAUCGAUUGUACAGAAAUAUUAAUCUUUUGGAAAUUUA